AUGGGGCAAGAUUAUUAUGCUGUUUUAGGUCUCACAAGAAGUGUAAACGAUGCAGAAAUUAAAAAGGCGUAAGUUGAGUUUUCAAGGCUUCCAAACGAUGUUUCUUUAACACCAAAAUAUCUAUAUUUUUUAAACAAAAAUCGAUCUUCAAUGCGCUUACAGCUAUCGCAAGUUAUCGCUGAAAUACCACCCAGACAAGAAUCAGGAGCCAGGAGCUGAGUUGAAAUUCAAACAAGUUGCGGAAGCGUACGAUAUACUGAGCGAUCGUGAGUAUAUAUAAUUGCCAUAUAAACUAUAUACAACCUAACUUCAGUCGAGUUAACACCUUUUUUUGGCCCCGCAGAAUUUAAUUAUGAGGUUGACGUUGCGUAAAUUGUAUUGCCCUUAUUUCAUAAUCUUGAAACGUUACUUGUUUAAUAUUUGGGGUAAACUGUAGACUGGCCACUAGGUUACGUGGAUCCUUGUGUUCCUACAUCCUUUGUUCUAGAAGGCACAUUGAAGCAAAUGAAGGAGUAUGUGAAUAAGCGAAGUGGCUGUGUACGAUGUUCUAUAUAGUUGCUUCCAUCUGUGUAUCCGUUUGAUCUGAAAGCGUGGUGGCCGAGGGUCACUACUACCUGCAAACCAGCAUAAAAUGUUGUCAUGUUAACAUACAGGGUACCCACUAUCGCUGCAAUUACAUGUAUUUACAGUGUAUAACACGUUGCUAUUUCUCGCGUUUAGUGGAAAAUUUGUACACACGGGGAACUAGCGCUCAGUGAAUUCAACCAAUCAGUGAGAGGAGUACUGAACAGGCCCGGGAGGGAGGGGGUACUUUAAGACUUUUGGGGUGGGGAUGUGCCGCUGGGACCCUGGAACCCCUAGCCUAUACCAGAGCUAGUUCAAGUGAAUUUUGCUGCCCUAUACUAGACUAAACUCCCCAAAUCCCCCCCUAUCCUUGAGUAGCUGUUUUCCAAAAACAACUGAGGUCAUUAGCACAGUCUGACUUUUUAUAUUCUUUAGUGGCAAUUCCCGGUUUCCCUAGUCUAGACUAAAAUCUUCAGACAAUUGAUCAGUUUAAAUGGAAAAUGAUACCCUCUUUCAUACCCUCUUCUAGACCCAAACUCUCUCAUUUAUAUACCCUAUCCCAGAGUAAACUGCUUGAAAACCAUACCCUUCACAGCGGCACAUACCUAUAUAGCCCAUAAUUAUAUGACAGUACCCCCCAACAGGUGUGAACAGGUCCUGAAAUGAUCCCCAGUAAUUUUAUAAAUUUCUGCCUUUGAAAUGCAACUUUUCUCUCUUUCUUCAGCUAAGAAAAGAGCAAUCUAUGAUCAGUUUGGAGAGGAAGGUCUGAAAGGAGGUGUUCCAGAGAAGGGUAUGGAGUGUAUUGUUCUGUAACUUGAUUGUCAUCAUUCAGAAGAAAUGACUGCCCCAGGAUUACCGCUCACUGUUUCGUCAUUUAGUGGAACUCUACACUGUAUAGCCUACUGUCAUUGUUUAGAGGGAUAAAUUCUGUGGUAAAUGUAAUGAAUUCACGAUAGCUGGAACAUAAUCUUUUCUUCAAUGUGAACUACCACAAAUUGUUCAAUUCCUAGUUUAAGCUCACAUCUUACCCCUACUGUGAAGAAUUUAGGCCCAAUUCAAAGCACUUCCUUGAGAGUGGCUUUCCAUCAAGGGUGUCUUGUGCAAUGGGAUGUGACUGUAUGUGCCUGAUAUUUAGCCCUCAACACAUACUGUAAGGGAGGGGGGUAUGUCCCUGGUCUGAAUUUCACGGUCAUUUCUCAUUUUGAGGAGUAGGCCAUGUCUCCAUCAGGAUUUAACCCAUCUUUAUGUCGUUUUUCACCAUUUCAUAUUGUCUUGUGUGACUGUGUUCAAGGCUAUGUCGCUUGUUGGAAUUUUACCCUAAGGCAGGGCCUCACUGUCGUGUCGUCAUGUAACCUGUCAUGUUCUAACUAUUGACCCUACAUUGUUUGUAUCAUCAAAAGGAUUAUGCUCAAAUAUCCUUACUAUCAUGAUGAACAAAUAUUGCAUGGAAUACUACUGGUACAUUGUACUUACUUGUCAAAACCUCUAUUGAUUAACAGAUGGAUGGACAACUGGGUAUACAUUUCAUGGGGAUGCUGGUCGAGUGUUUGCAGAAUUUUUUGGUGGAGAUAACCCCUUUGCAGGUACAUUGGUCUUUUUGGCUCACGCAUUUGUUAAUCAAAAACAAACCUGACCUAAAUAUGGCACACUUUGUCAGUUUUGAAAAUUUUUCUCUGAACUGUGAAAUAGAAAUGCUGAGGUUAUCCCUUAUCUGAUUCCUGUUUCAGAAUUGUUCGAUUCCUAUGAUCCAGAAAUAGGGUUUGGCGGGAUACAUGGUCGUGGUCGCCGCAAGCAGGAUCCACCCAUUGAGAGAGAACUGUACCUUACCCUAGAAGAAGUGUUUAAAGGUUGUGUGAAGAAAAUGAAAAUUUCAAGAAGGGUAAGAAAUGGUGUAGUACUACGUACAUUGAGGAAAUGUUCAAUUUUAUUCUUGCUUCAUUUUGUAUUCUUCUCUGUUUUUGUAUGUUUAAUGAAUAAAAUAGCAGUUGUUGCCGUUUCCUUAAAGCCAUAAAGUGGGGUUUAUGCAAAAGAUGUUCGAGGGCUUUGUGCAAAACAGGGCAGAAGAUAAGCAGUAGGGAUAGAAGCAGGAAAGCAAAGGAAAUGGUUUCCUUUCUUUCUUCCCCAACCCUUCUUCCUGUUUGUUUUUUUUUUGCUUAUUUUCUCGCUCUUCUUGUGCACUUCUCCCACAUGGCUAAAAGGAAACAGAAAUGACUGCUACGUAGCCUAACAACAAAUGAACCAAGGAUUAGACCACUACUGUACUUCUCUAUCUACUCUGGCUUCUUAAAACUUCUGUGUAUUUUCUUCACAACUGCAGGUGUGAAGUAAAAUAUGCAGCAUAUUCUCUGUUAAUUAACAAAGUGAACUAUGAUGCUGAGAUGCCAACCUCUGGAGAUCUAAAAUCUGGAGACUCUCUUUUUCACUACCCCUCGCCAAAAAAUUGACCCAGUCCACAACAGGAAUGGCUUAGGACAUAAUAUGAAGUCUUGCAUGAAUGACAUACUAUCAAAGUUGGUGAUCAUUGUUUUAAUGCCAAAAUUAUCUUUGUCAGUGACUAAAUACGUGCAAAAAUUCCCCAGAAACUGCACUCUGAAUAAAAAAAAUUCGAAUUUAGAGGAAAAAUGGGCUAAAUCUCAAACUAAGGCACAGAAAUUAAAGCUCAAAAGAUGAUAUUUUAUCCAGGAGAUUUAGCGACCCACACGGGAAAGCAGGAGAUUGGUGCCAUAUCUGGGAGAGUUGCCAUUUAUGCACUGUAGGUCAAAGCCUUUUUUAGACCUCUGAUAUAAAUGUAACCUUUGCUCUUUCUGUCAGGUAAUGAAUGAAGAUGGACACACAUCAAACAUCAGAGACAAGAUUUUGACCAUCAAUGUAAAGCAGGGAUGGAGGGCUGGGACAAAAAUAACUUUCCCCAAGGAGGGAGACCAGGGCCCCAACAAUAUUCCAGGUAACAAAGUCAGCUACCAUACAGUGAUGUAAGCCCCAUAGAGAGUGUAUGUUUAACCCCUUUUACAAGAGUUUUGAGAGAAGUGCCAGUGGAUUAUGAAUUUUGGCCAUUUUCCUGUUCGUUUUUAGAGAAGAAGAACAAAAAUUUCAUAUGUAGCUCAAAAAACCACGCUUGGUUUUGUUGACCUGUUUUGGUUUUUGGCAUGCACAGGAAGCAAACUAUUUUGAGUUUAAUCUCGUUUCUCUUCGUUAUUUUUUUUCCUUAUGCUUGGCUUUCCAAUAGGAACUACACAAGCAUUACAUAUCUAAUUUUCUCCUUUGUUUUAUUUUUUAAGCUGAUAUUGUGUUUAUUGUAAAAGACAAGCCUCACCCAAUAUUCAAGCGUGAUGAUGACAACCUCAUCUAUACUGCCACUGUUCCUCUUGGAAAGGUAAUAAACAUUGUGAAUUAAAGCAAUAAUUUACGAUGUGAUGACCACUCACUUUUUAACCCCAAAAUUUAUUUCUAGCGACAUGUACCACUCUCUCCCUACUAAUUUUUGUUGAGAUGAGAUUGCAAGUACAAAAGAAGACUAAUAAUAAUCCACUGGAAGUGGAAGGAAAUGAUUUUAAAGAAAAAAGACUCAGUAUAAGCCAGCUGCAGGUAGAGUUAUCUUGUUACUCUAGACAAGAAACUGUGUUUCUCUCUACCCAGUUGAACAUUAAAAUGGCUACCGGCAACAUGCUAAUACCCCUAAGUGUUUCCUGGUACUGAAAAGCCCUCUUUCAAGUCCUCCCUGGAUUGUAUUUUAAGGGUUGCAGUUGCUGCCUGCAGACAGUGCAAAGGGAGUGGUGUUUUCCAAAGAAACAAUGCAGUGACAUGGCUUAGAAUGCUACAUUCUAAAGUCAAAUCCAUCAACCAAUUAACUACCAUAUGGGACUUUAAUGGAGUGAAUUAUUUUUUUUAUUAUUUCUGAUGAGCAGUUUAAUGCAAGUCAUUGGUUAUUGUUGUUGUACUAGGCACUCACUGGUUGUGUGGUAGAUGUACCCACACUUGAUGGCAGACUUAUCAGCAUUCCCAUCAAUGACAUUGUCAAGUGAGUCAGAACGCAUCCUAAUCUUGGUGUUCCUGUGGUACAAAGCCAAAAAUUUUCGAGGUAUUGGGGCGACUGCCGAUUAGCUGCCCCAACUGAUUUUCUCAGGGGCACCUCGGCCGGGAAACUGGACUCCUUUUGACUCAAUUUCGUUUCCGUAGGUGACGAACAUGGAUCCGUAAUCAAUGAUUAUUUCGAGUACUUACGAUGUAGAUGUCCACAAACAACAUAAGAAAAUUAAGUUGAUAAACUGUGCCAAGUUAAAGUGGUCAGUAGGUUUACAGUGAGUCAGACUACAAAAACUGAAAACUAGAGCUAUUUGUGGAGCAUUGUGCAGUAGCAUAUAUAGUGGAUGGGCCCAGGCCUCUACCUAAUUUAAGGGCUAAAUUGCAGCGGGGCUAAAAUACAGGUCACUUUUCCACAGGUCAGAGUACAGGUCACCAUGAUACAGAUAAAGAAACUGCAUUAAAAGUGUCUCCUAGCCCUAAUCUCCUAACAAAAUGCUCUAUUAGAUAAAGGAGAAUCUGUGUGGUUUGGUAAUUUAUCGAUGGAGCAGUGACCUGUACUCUUGACCUGUGGAAUGUGAUCUGUACUUUAGACCAGGCAGCUAAAGUGAUAAACACAGGGCUGAGAGAAAAUAAUAUUUUUUAGUUUGGGCCCUUGCUCCUCUUCUCUCAGGGUUGGCAUGAAAGGGACCUUCACCUUCUUAAAGAUCUAGAUCUGCCAUUGUUGUGUCAAGUGACAAGCUUUGAAAGAAAAUGUUGCAGCUUAAUAAGUUUGUCGGAAAAGACUAUUAUCAUACCAUUAAACUUUGAUGACUUCACAAUCCUUUUUCAGACCUGGAUAUCAAAAGAUAGUUCCUGGUGAAGGGAUGCCCAUCUCCAAAAAUCCCAAUACAAAAGGAGAUCUUAUAAUUCAGUUUAACAUCGAGUUCCCAAACCAACUGAAUCCAGAGCAGAAGAGAAUGUUAAAAGAAGCACUGCUGCUUGAAUCAUAAGCUGCCUACACCACAGAAGACAACUGCAUCAUGAACAAUAUUUAUUAUAAAUAAUGAUAUUUCCAUUUAUCAGCUAGUUGAAGUUUUCAAACUAUUACAUAUUGUAUUCCACCAUUUUGAAGUGGGAGGUGUAUAAUGAACAGUAGAAUUUUUAUAUUUUGUACAUAGUUGAACAUAAAAUGCAG